AAUAGCAUCAAAAGAAUAUCGUUUCUUGAACGCAAUCAGUUAAAAGGAAAAAUGAUCAGGACCGUAAUUUUCAUCUUGGCACUGCUGUGUACAGUUUAUGCAUUGGAACAAAAUGUGACAGAUUCUUCGCUCGGUUUCGAGCGAUUAGUGGAUGUAGAAAAAGCAACCACCCGAACUAUAUUGUACGGUCUAUUAUUUUUCGAAGCGCAAACGCCGCAGAAUCUAGAAGUGCACCUUCAAAGAAUACAAGAAAAAGCUUUAGAUAAUAUCAACAAUACUAUUAAUAGAGCACUUGAAGAUGUCAAUCUGUCCCUUCAAAAGGGAAAAGAAGAGGGUAAAAACGUUGGCACGUGUUACCAUUAUGCGGAGAAUAAUCUAGAGUCGAAAAGAACAAAUGCAAUUGUUGGAUUGGACAUAUGCAUCCAAAACGGUCGCACGGCAAUGAAAGGCCCAUUAGCAAACGUAGUCAGCAGUAUUCAGGCGGCGGAAAAGUUACUAAAUGAUUUGAACGCUAUCAUACCAAACUGUAAUUCUACAAGCUUCCUUAAAAAGCAAGCAUGCGUCUUGAAAAACCUUUCCCUAACCAGAGAAUCGCUGAAAAGUGUCGCUAAAAAUUCUAUGGAGGUGGUAACUAUCACGACAGGUAUAUACAUGAAAACACUUGUAAACGUCAAAAGUUGCAUCGUAAAGAACAUUGCUGAGACUUACACUUUCAGCAUGAAUAUCGUUAGGUAUACUAAUAAUUGCAUAAACAAUGCAUUUUUCUAAGAAUAUAUAAUCCGAAAACACACAAUUAUAAAACCAACUUUUGGCGAACUGUGAUCUACU